AGCGAGUUCCACUCGCCAUACAAAAUGUAUGGCAUACCCGGGUAUGCCGGUCGUAGACUUGAGGGGUAUGAAAAGAAAAUCACGAAAAAAAAUAUUUGCGAUUAACAUAAAAAUAAACUAAAAAUGCAUUCAAAAAGAGGAUUAAAUUUGCAACAGAUACAAAAAAAUCAGCAGGUUAUCUUUUUUCUGGAAAAAGUUAUUGAAGUUUGAAAAUGAAAAACAUAACCGGGUAUGCGGUCGUAGAUAUUACAGUAUUUUCAAAAGCUAAGGGGAUUUAUAAAUCCUUCUAUAGGUCCUUCUUAGUGUAUGUUAUGUUACAGCGUUCAAAAGAUUGCGGAACAAAUUCAAAAACUACUGGGACAGGUUUAAAAGAUUGUGGGACAAAAUCAAAAAUAUCUAGGAACGUGUCAAAAAAUCGCGGAUACCCUGUAUUUUGGCAAACGAGUUGACAUCCACUGGAACAAGAUUGCUUCAAAUUAAAGAAAUUAUAAAUAUUUCUUCAGUACCUUUUAAAAAAAAGUUUAUUUUCUUUGAGUCACUUUACUAAAACAAUUAAAACAAAACCUAAAACAAUAAUUACAGGUAUUUAAAGUACAAGCCAAAAGCAAUAAAGCGUUCGUAAAGAUGUUUUGUGCCUUGUCCGCUAGAGUAUAUAUCUUUGUUGAAGUAAUCUUGAUUCACUCUUCGUUAAAUGUUCAAGUAAACGAUAUAAACGCGGUGACAGGUAAAACAAUAAAACAACAAACAUAAACGAAAAUAACGCGAUGUGCAUUUGUUAAGCUAGGCAACAUUAAGCAAAAAAUUGGUUAUUGUAUCGAAAAUAAAACCGCAGCUAUUCCGGAAUUUGUGUGUUGUACGUUAUGUUGAUACCAUUACCUUGCAGUAAUGGUACAACAGAGAUCUGCGUAGAUCUGCAAGAUAUGUAAUCAUACUACAUCCAAAUGCUCAUCUAUGAUUAUUUCCCACGGUGAACAAAAAUAUUAUUUCCAAUACAUGUGCCUAACCGCGUUGCAGUUUAUACGAACAUAGAUUACUGUAAUUUGAUUAUAACAUAGAACAAAAAUCGACCAAAUAUGGAAAAGUAUGUUCUAAGUGACCUUAUUGGAGAAGGCUCUUUCGGAAAGGUGUAUAAAGCUGUUGAGAAGUCUUCAGCAACUACAGUUGCUAUCAAAAUUAUAAACAAGCGAAACAGAUCUGGGCGUGAAUUGAAAGGAUUGCGAGGAGAAUGUGAAAUACAACAAAAUCUUAAACAUCCAAACAUUAUUCGUAUGUUGGAUUCUUUCGAAACCAAUAACGAAAUUAUAGUCGUUACCGAGUAUGCUAAAACUGAUUUGCACAGUUUGCUCCGCGAUGGAUCGCUAGCAGAACCAAAGACUCAACUUAUCACCUUCAAUCUUGUUUCUGCAUUAUACUACCUUCACUCGCAUCGUAUACUGCAUCGGGAUUUAAAGCCACAAAAUAUAUUGUUAGAUCGUAACAUGUGUGCAAAGCUGUGCGAUUUUGGAUUUGCACGCAAUAUGACAAUAGGUACGCAUGUGCUGACAUCGAUUAAAGGAACUCCGCUGUAUAUGGCCCCAGAGCUGUUAGAGGCAAAGCCUUACGAUCAUCACGCCGAUCUGUGGUCAUUAGGAUGCAUUAUCUAUGAAAUGCUUGCUGGUGAACCACCAUUUAGUUCUUCUUCGAUGAUACAUUUAGUUCGCCUUAUUCGCCAUCAGUACAUCAAAUGGCCAAGCUUCCUAACAAGCAAUUGUAUUUCAUUCGUUCAAGGUUUGCUUGAGCGCGAUCCUGCUAAGCGUAUAAGUUGGAGUAGAAUUCUAAUCCAUCCAUUUGUGAAAGGGCAUAUUGUGACUGUUGACGAGAACGUGCCCCAAUUUCCCUUUACACAUCCGCUUACGGUCUCGCAAUCACGAGAUAAAAAUAAUCAAACCCAUAAAAACACGAACAGCGCGGAAAAUAAGAGAAUGCUACAAAAUACAUCCUGCGACGAAGAGCUAACAACAUCUAAGGACAGCAUCAACGUAAUAUUGCAGAGUGAUGUAGAGUAUCAAGAAACGGAUACCGACGAAUGCACGAAUAAUAUAAAAACAGAUCAUGAUGAGUCCUUGAUAAAUUUAACAAACCUUACUGAUCAACAGCAUGUCAAUAAUUUAUAUGAUGUUACUGAUGAGCAACAAACAAGAGCCAUUUUAUUUCUUGAAAAUCCUAAUCUUGUUGUCAACCGCUUCAAUGAUAAUUUUCCAAUGAUGCCGCUGUAUCGCAAUAUGCCAUUGGCUCCAGUCACCACUGUUAGUGACGGUAUAGAGCUUCAGACUUCAAAGGAACAAGUUAUGCCUGGAUGUGUUGGAUCGCAAGGGCUAGAAAAACGAAAAUUGAGCCAAAGCAUUGAUAAUUUUUCAAUGCGCAUCGAAUCAGGCAUGCAAGCGGCCGCCAAUCGAAACCCAGUAACGUGUUCAGUUGUAGCUAAAGAACAUCAAAAAGAAAAAGCAUUGGAAAAACUCACACCUAGCUUGCUUCCCGGUUGGGAUUCUUGUGAUGAAUCACAAAAUCCUCCCAUAGAAAACGAAGAAUGGCUUGCGUUUCUACAACGUUCCAUACAAGAAGUACUGGAUGGUGAAUUGGAAUCGCUGAAACAACAGAAUUUCGUAUGCAUCAUCGUCGCACCGUUACGAAAUCGACGUGCUAGUGCAAAGGUAGUGGAGAAUGUUGCUCAUUUGCUCAGCCUGCCAUUAGCGAUCAACACACCACCCACAAUUUUAAGAGAUAUAAUUAAUGUGUAUGGAGAAUUGAAACUAGUGCCGAAUUUAGUAUACGCUUCGAAACUAUUGUGCAACAAGCGAUUUUGCGAAGAUUCCUCAACAAAUGAAAGCCAACCAGGGUUGAGCGGUAAUCAAUCAAUGUGCUCUGAGCGCCAACUUUACACGUUAGACAACGAUGAGAUAAAAACCCUUAUAGCCGUGUACGAUCUGAUGUGCUAUCUGAUUCAUUUAGGGGACAUGUUUUUGAAUCAAUUUUGCGAUGCUAUUGAAAUUCUUGGCGCAAAAGAACUUUUUGUUAAUUUCAUUGCCGCUGCUCAUGUCAAUAAUGAGUACGUUCGGUUAGUGUGUUCAUUACUAGCGCUUCUCAACUGUGCCUUACGUGAACUUCCGGAGAAUGCAGAGAUUAUCGAACAGAUAGUAUUUCAUGAGAAUGUAAAUUUAUCAUCACUGUUAAAACACAAUAAUCCAUUCCUUCGGCUUCGUACCUGCAUGCUGCUUCGGAUAUUGGCCAGAUUCAGUUGUUUGGCUUUGCAAAAACGCUGGACAAACGAAAUAAAAGUGCACUUAGAAGAACUUAUGAUGGACGACAAUCAGGAUGUUAAAAAGGAAGCAAAGAACGCAAUCGCAGAAUUUAAGUACCUCAGCUGUGUUACUGCAGAAACAUGCUGACUGACAAUGACUCCUGCACUACUAUCGAAAAUAUCUAUACAUUUUCUUUUAUCGAAAAAUUGAAUUGAAUGAAGCACAUUUCUGAAAGAUAAAAUGGUUGUAAAAUUUAUGCUAUUUUGUUUUUAACUUGAUAAAUCAGUAUAGAUUUACAUGUUUAACCACUUUUAAGCAACAAUAUUAUCAAAAUAAGAGUGGAGCAGUGUUUAUACUUCAAUUUUAUAAUUAUUUCAAUCGUUUAAAACGUUUAAGUUGCAUUGCACAUAAAACGCAUUAAAAUCACGAAAAUGAGUGUGCAGAAAGAUAUUACGAAAGCUUAUCAACCGAAAUAAUCAAGUACAAAUAUUGCAAAUAAUAGAUGCUUUUUCGUUUUUUUGCAAAAUAGCUGCAAUAAUCUGCCGAAACUGAAGCAGUUACCCUACCACAAAUACGAAAAUUAUAUAUAACUACAAACCUACAUUAAGCAAAACAAAAUGUGGAGUUAUGUAUUUUUAGAAAUAUACUACCAAAUCAUAUAAGUUGGGACUAUAUAUCUGCCCUGCCGCACAUUACACACAAUCAUAAUAUUGUGUCGUAUAUCGUAUGCCUCCAAAACCGAUGAUUAUGUCCUCCCUUAUAAUUCCAAUUUUGUGUAUCGAUUUGCUCACUUUUUUACAUCAAGCUGUUUGUUCAUUUAAUAAAUUUAUUCAUGUUACCAAUCAUCUGUCUUGUGCAAUUUCCGUGAUGGCAUUUGACCAUUAACUAUUUACAAUGAAAAUUGUUCGCCACAAAGCCCUUUUAUGUAGUUACUACCUGGUGUCGCAAACCUAGCUUUGCAUGUAAAAAUUUGUAAUGAAGGUUUUCCAGUGAUCAUUUUGUAUAUAGUCAGUGAUACAAAUGUGUGGAGAUGUUUGUAUGAAGCAUAUUUUGAAAACUCCAUUCUCGAUUCAAGAUCAAUCUUUCUCUGCUCCAGACCUCCUGGAUAAAUUUUUCUGUUCAAUUUUUUUUCAACUCACUUCUUUUUUUAGAUUAGUUAAACUUUUCAGAAAACGUCGCUCUGGAUGUUAUGUACGUCGAAUUUUCAUAUGACGGAUCAUAUAUACUAAAAGAAUUAUUUCUACUGUGAAACGAUUUGUUUAAAUAAUAUUAUAUUGGACGCACAACACAUCUAUACGAUAAAAGAUAACAAGUAUUGAUAAUCUUUAACACAUACUGAAUGCAAGUUGAAAUGCAAGUUGAAAUAUUAUAUUAGACGCACAACACAUCUAUACGAUAAAAGAUAACAAGUAUUGAUAAUCUUUAACACAUACUGAAUGCAAGUUGAAAUGUGGUGAUUAAAUUAGUCAUGUAAAUAAUUACGAUUUCACUAAUUAAUGUGGACAGUAUUUAUUUCGUUUAAUUUUUAACAUGUUCACCAGACAUACAAAUUACUUAUUGAAUAAUAGGAUAAUGAAGUAUAGGGUUUAAUUGUCUAAUAUUGAAGAUUAGACAUUAUAUAGGGGCUAGCGAGAUGAGUUGAACAACGAUGGCCUUAUAUGUAGACAUCUGGUGUAUCUACGUCAUUACUGAUCAAACUAGCCAAAACAGUCACUUUGAUGAGGGACGGCUUACUGGCAGUAGCUGGGCUGCUAAUAGGAAACAUCAUGUGCGAAAAUCUUUUAGUAGGUCGUUGACCUACUCUACCUCCAUUUAGAAGGGACUGAUUGCAAAUCUCGUAACCUUUCGCUAAAUUGUAUCGAUUUGCUGGGUCAAAAAGUAUAUUAAUCGACACCAAAUAAUUGUAGCCUAUGAAUCCUGAUAGGGUAACGAAUAACAAUAUGAAUUUGUACUAAUAGGGUUGCGAAACACUUUGGUAUUUCGAAAUAUAAUAUAAUAUAAUGGUAAUCAGAUACCACGAUUUAAAAUAUUUGUCAUGUGAGAUCUAGCUAAGAUCUAGUGAUUACAAGAAAGAUACCUAAAUCUCUAAAAUAUACAAUGGGUUGUAGUAAACUGUUGGAAUUGUUGUUGUCAAAUAGUUUCUCAUCCUAUUGGAUCUCCAAAAGGACUUUACUCGACCUUUAUCUACGGAGAACGAGCAUUAGUUACUAAAAUCCUCAACUUCAUAAUGCAGACGAACACCAUCACUAGCAUUUUUCACCGUGGCGUGGAGCUGUAGGUCGUCUGUACGCUCAUUAAGUUAUUUUUUUUUUUAAUUUCAAGAGACACGGAGAUGUCAUUUUCAUAGUUUGCGAUUAACAAUUUGAAUGCGUAUAAUUCUUUUAAUUAAAAUCGCAAUUCCGCCGUGUUAUCCUGAACAUGAAUAAUACUUUUUAUUGUAUAUAGUAAGAACUGACUGCUUUUCCUAAAUGUAAGCCCUUUGGUACAAUGGCAGAUUCCAUAAUAAUUUUUGCUUGCUUGAUCGAUGAAGACCUGAUCAAUCAGCUGUUGUUGUCGAUCUCGAAUAUCGAUCCGCUUGUAUCGAAUUAAUUCUUUUGUAAUGUGAUCGCCGGGGCGGCAGGACCGGGUUCAAAUCCCAUCCGGACCGUCCCCGCGUAGCAAGGACUGACUAUCCGGCUACGUGGUAAAAAUAUGUCUAGUAAGCCAGAAAUGGCCGGCGUUACCUGUUGAUCGUUAAAAGCCAAGAAGAGAGAGAGAGAAUGUGAUUCUCGGAUCAUCCUUUUAAUACCUUUUGACUCUUUUGCAACUUUGAGUAUAGAUAGGUUAUCGUCUUAGAGAUAUACCGUCUUAUAGAUAUCGAUUGUUGUCCACAAAUCAUUCAACAAGCGUAACACCCAGAUUGUGUGAUAUUGUAGGACAGAUUGUCUGUCAAAUCUGUAUAUCAACCUAACUUUUGCAACCUUUUUUUACAUUAAUACAGUGCCACCAGAUUCUAUGACCGCACCCCAAAUUUCUUGGUAUCUUGAAAAGAUACGUUAUUGGUCACUACGGGAAUUUUGUUUGCUAUUAAAAACGAAUAAUUUAUUGCAUUUUUGAAUAAUUUUAUCGUGCGUGUAGCUCGAGUUAUUUCAUUUUUCUUUUUGUUAUUUUGAUCUUCCCGUUUGUAUGGCCGCACCUUCAGAAAAUAGCUAAAAACGUAUAUUUAAUCUAUUGCUAUUUUUUUGGUGCAUGUUUUACUGUUUUUUAAAUAUAUUGUUGAUAUUUCCUGCACCUUUAAUCACUUGAAAAAUUAUCUUUGGCAUGCGGUUAACCAAAUUUUUCAGUAUUCGAUAUCCUAAAUACUUCCAUGUUUCGGAAACAGCUACUUUUAGCUCAUUUACAUCACAAUCUGUCAGAUAAUGGUAUAUGCUCUCCUGACAAUUAUUUCCCAAACAUUUUCUAGCGGGUUGAGAUGUGGACUUCAUGCUGGUGAAUCAAUUUUCAUGUUGUGAAACCAAGUUGUUGUGGUUAUGCUAGUUUAAAAGCUGACGUUAUCUUGUUGGAACACAAGAAGUAUUAUAUUUUCGUAUCUUUUGUUGGGAGUAGACACAUAUCAUUAGUACUACGUACAAAUUACAUAUAUGUUUGACAUAAACUAUGUAAUGAUUUUUUUAUUUUUCAUUUAAUCUGCGCGAAGCCUGAUUUAAUCCAUAUACGAACUAGUUAAUCGACAAACUAUUUCCUAUCCUUCUUAUCUACAAGUUGUACCAUAGAAAUCUGUUCUGAUAAAGCUGUAUUUAAAAAAGGCGGAUUUCUCAUCCGUCUAUGUAGCGGAUGCGUAUCAGAGGUUUAAGCAUCGACCCGAUCAGAGGAUCAGAAGGACAAUGAAGGAGCCGUUAUAAUGACGAGCGCUAUGAGUAGUACGAUGAGCUCACUAUUGUACAGCCAAGACUCCCAGCAUUUUUUUCCUUCCUGCUAGGGUUUCACUGGGCUUCCUCGUCGAAGUUCGAACGAUACUGACUUAUGAUACUGGCAUGUCACUGUUUGUACACUGUGCUGGAAGCGUCCCGAACCAUUUAUACUAUUUUAUCUCGAACUAAUUGUUCUUAAUUGCCUUUUGCUAUAGAUUCAUCCAGUACAUCCAGUAUGUGCCUACAUUGAACAAGGACCAUAUUGUUCUCGCUCUGCCCUACCCAACUGACAAUUUUUCUUAGUUUGUGUGUUUCGUCCUAGGUGGCGCUCUGCAAUAUGUUCGUGUCCUAACUAACUAGAUCGCUCUGGGUGUCACAGCCGUAAAGACGGUUAUAAGGAUUUUUGCUCGUUCUUUUUAGAUUGAUAAAAAAUAAUACGCUACACUGGCCCUUUGACUAUUCCUUUGAAUUUUAACACACUUACUCUCUGCGCCGAUUAGCGACUUACUAUUUUGUGUUUCAAAACAUCCAAUAAGAGUGAGUUACAGUGUUUUGCAAUUUCAAUUUAAAACAUUCUACUGACUGAUUAGUUAUUCCAUGCUUUUAACUGUGGUAUGCUCCCAACAAAUGAAAGCAUUCGAUUAAUUAAAUUAACUACGAAUAAAUAAAUUUAACUGAAUCCAAUAAAAUAAAAUUACAGUAGAACGUCGAUUAUUCGGGGGCGGAUUAACCGGCGGGCGGGUUAACCGUACGCCGAAAAUUGACAGCUGUUCAACCGUGGUGAACAUUUGUACUGAUGUCAGGUUGGUUAAAAUUACUGAAAUCGUCACCAAACGUAUUUUUUUUGCUCGGUUAGAACGGCCUGGCCGUAUCAAGACUUAUUUUACCACGUAGCAGGAUAGUCAGUCCAUGCUACGGGGAGACGGUCUGGAUGGGAUUUGAACCCGGUCCCUGCCGUAUCACCAAACGUAUAUUUGAAAUUAUUUUAUUUUCACCCCGCACCCCGGAUAAUCGACGUUCUACUGUAAUUCCUUUUUUAAUUUUCAAUAGAUCGAUUUCAAUUCAAUCCAAUUCGAUUUCGGUUUCGAUUUCAAUCCAAAUAUUUUUGGACUAUUUUAUCCAUUCUUAUUCACUGAUGUAAAUGCAAAUAGAGUAACAAACCAAUUUUCACUCACUCUUUCUUGGCUUAACAACCUCUAAGAUCAUCCCGGGUUAAGGGGGCGGACUUAUGGUAUAUGUGAUAAACGGCGCCUUUUCCACACGAUAGGACCUGGAAUGAAAUCCCAUCCAGACCGUCCCCCGUAGCAAUGACUGACUAUAGGUCUACUAAGGCAGAAAUGGCAGGCGUGACCUUUGAGGUCGUUAAGCCAAGAAGAAGGUGAUGCCGGCCAGAAAUGGCAGGCGUGACCUUUGAUGUCGUUAAGCUAAGAAUAAGAAGGUGAUGCGGGUCAUUUCUGAUUUACUAGACUUAACUUAGUCACUUACUCAUUCUUAUGGAAUAAUAAUAACUCUUCGUUCUGAGUUGAAACCAUACAUUCAUUUGCACUGGAUUAAAGUCAUUCACUUACUGUUAUUCGCAUGUGCACAUUUCUAAUGCUUAGUGAAAUAGAUUUACCUUUUAGUUUACCAAUAAAUUAAACGGUAAGAUAGGGAAAAUGAGUAUACAAUAAAUCAUCCAUGUCCAUACUCCAAACUUGCUGAAUGGGUAAAUUAACAAUUGCUAAUUUUUGAGCACAUUGACCAGGUUGGAAACUGAAGGAUUUUCCAUAAUUCAAAAUGCAUAUUUAUCGCUUUAUAUUUGCUAAAUAGCUUGGCAGUUUUUUUUAGGACGGCCAGACCGUAUGAUUUAUAUUGUCUGAGCUUACUCAAUAAACAAAUUUAUUUGAAAAAAUAUCAAAGGCACACGGGUUCUUACAUACAUAAGGGUUAUUUUGCAUAUAGUGUUUGUUCCACGUUUUUCUCUUUCCAUUUUUCCUGCUGGACAUUCCAUUCCAGAAACGACUCCCUUCAACCAACACUCGUUUCCACCUUUUCAGACAUUGGUCCUUCCUCAUCUUUCGGAAGAUAGCACAAUAAAGAGAAAGAUAACUCUGUCGUGUGCGCCGCUCGCUGUCACCUAGUGUUCUAGAUUUUCGCUUUAAAUAUGGGUCACCGAAGGGGGCAAAUCUUGGGGUUCAAUGACCGUCACAACAUCGUCGUGUUGUAGAGCAACUCUGUUCCCAUGUUUGCGGCGCUUAUAAUGUAGCUAUUGUGUUAGUCAUACUUAUUAUUAUUUGAACUAUGAUUGUUAAAGAGGUAGUAGUUAUGUAUGUAUUUUGUUGUUGUUGUUGUUAUUUUGCCUUAGUUUCUAUACUCAGGGUGCUUUAAUAAAUUUUCUGGCUUCCUUUUUGGCGAUACAAAUUGAA